AUGUCUCGUCGCAACUCUGGCAAGUCCCAGAAGCUAGCGGCUAAGGCGGCCACGAUUCCUUCAGUCACAACCAACAAGAAGAAGAAGCUACGCAAGCAUCGUCGCCGACCUUCAGCAGCCAGCAGCCCGAGCUCCCCUGCGCCGAAACCGUCUGUUGCUCAAACGCUCAAGGUCACCCAGCAGGACGGUUUCGACGCCCAACCUUCGCCCGCCCCAGAUGAUCACGAUUCACUAUCGCCUCCCAAGAUCCAAGCCACACCUUCCAUACCAGAUACCACAGCUACAAAAGCAAGGAGCCGAGCGUCGUCUUGGAAUGCUGCUAGUCGAUAUUAUUCCAAAACUGGCUCUCUCCCAGACUAUAGGUAUGCCAGUGUUCACGAUCGUCCUCUGAUCACCUACCUCUACGGACAAACACUUACUCACCAGGACAGGCCAACUCAACCUGCCAUGGGUCUUGAUAGACUGAAACGCAUGAAUCAGUCAUGGUCACCGGCCACUACCAACACAUUGACCAAAGGUGGCAGCAAACGAGAGUUUCCCGAGUCCUCAUCCGCCCCUCAUCAGACAUUGGCCAAACGGCAAAGGCGCGAAGUCUUCUCCUCGAACGAUCGAGCCCCCGAAUCAUCGCUUGCACUACCACAAAGCCCAAGCUCAACAUUCAACAACCGUCGCAGCCAAGCCGAAGCUCCUGCUAGCCCCAUCCGGCUGUAUCUGAAACCGUCCUCGGGCGGGGUCCUUGUACUAGAGGCCUGGUCCAACGGACAGCGCGAUGAAGAGUAUCAAUGGAUCUCAUUCAACCCAACUGAUGUCCGCAACAUUCGCUACGGCGAAUGCUACAUGAGCUUUCGGCGAUCUAUGUUUCGCGACCGACCACCGAUAAUAGCGCUGCAGUUUGCGAGCCCUGAAGACGCCGCUCAAGUUGCCAAAAUGAUCAGUGAAGAUACUAGUCAAAACCGUAUGAGAGAGGAAAUGCAAAGGAUCUUUGACAACUCUUGGGAAACUGCUGUGUCGAGCUCACGCAAUGUCAGUCUUGGGGGUGGCCGCCGACAAUCUGAUGCAAGUGAGAUGACGAAACGCAAUGCGGACACCACCGAGGAACCCAAAUCACCUCCAGUCGAAAUGGCGACUCAUCCGGAACACCUCAAGGAGCGAGAACACUCUGCAUUUCAAGUGCCCACAUCCCCAGUGCGCGCUGCAUCUCCAGUCCGGCGACUUGGUAUGGAAACCAGGCGAUCUAAGAGAUGGUCGCCACCUCCCGCGGAGGUUUCUCACGAUUUGGAACGGUGGUCCGAGAAGAACACAGCUUGGGAGUCGGACUGGAAACAAACGCUCGUUUAUCCCGCCACGGGGCGCAACCGAGCCUCUGUGGACAAGGAAGAUGUCUCGCGGCUGGAUGAGGGCAACUAUCUCAACGACAACUUAAUCAGCUUUUACUUGCGGUAUCUCCAAAUCUCUGUGGAGCGGGAAAGGCCAGAUCUAUUCAAAAGAGUUCACAUUUUCAGCACCUUCUUCUUCGAGAAACUGAUGUCGGGUAAAGGCGACAUCAAUUACGAUGGUGUCAAGAACUGGACGUCCAAGCUUGACCUUUUCUCUUACGACUACAUUGUGGUUCCGGUAAACCAGAACGCACAUUGGUACAUGGCUGUCAUAUGCAACACCCCAAAGCUGAUAGAGCAGGCGGAGGGGAGCGCUUUACAUAUCCAUGCUGUGACAGACGCCGCGGAUUUACCAAUGCCAAAAUCCCAGAUUAUGGCGGCGGUGGAGCGGGAUAUCUCGGAUAUAUCGCUAGAAGACGUCACUGCGCUGCGGCGUUCUUCAAGACAACUCUCCUCCACGCCCGCGUCGUCUCCAGCGAAGCCGCCGUCUGCAACAACUUCUUCUGCGGUGGUUGUGCGAAGCCCUCGUGCCUCAUCUCGGCGUUUAGAUAUCUCAGAGCCACGCAUUAUUACUCUUGACUCAUUGGGAUCACCCCACCCUGCCACCUGCAAGGCACUUAAGAAGUAUCUGGUUGAGGAAGCCAAAGACAAAAAGAACAUAGACCUGGUGGCACCACCUGGCGGCAUGACAGCCCGCCAGAUCCCACAACAGACCAACUAUUGCGAUUGCGGAGUCUUUCUCCUGAGCUACAUGGAGAAGUUUCUCAAAGACCCGGAUGAUUCGAUACGCAAGAUUUUGAUGAAGGAGGAUGUCGGCUGGUCCAUCGACGCAGCGGGACUGCGGAACGAAAUUCGCAAUAUUCUGUUCCAGUUACAGAAGGAACAGGUAGAGCGCCUUGCAGGGGAACGCAAGAAUAAACGCAAACUAAGCCGGAAGAGUGACUCCUCUGUCAAAAACGCAUCGGACGUCGUCAACGAGAUCCCUCCUGAGGACCUCAAAGCCAGCAAGGCAGGCGAGCCUUCCACGCCAUGCCAACCACAGACACUCCCUCUAUCUGCUCCGUCAUCAGCCACAUACAGGAACAGCGCGACAAUGCCUCCUGCAAUGACUGAUAGGCCUCCCAAGUUUACACUGGAAGCCAUGCAUGCCGACGACGACGGCGUCGUUGACAUUGUCAGGAUGCCGGUGCUGGAUGCUCAAUCUAGGGACUAG